AUGGGAUCCAGCAGUAAAAAGAGAAAGGAUAAGCAAAAGGACUUCCAAAAACCCAAACUCAAAGUCGGCAAGGCAAGGCCCAAGCCAGACAACUUUACAGACACCAGUUUUCAGUCAAAAUCAAUCACCCUAAACCAACAAUCCCUCCGCCUCUCCGCCCCCUCCAGCAACACCCAAUUCACUCACCACCUCUCCCUACUAACCUCCAAAUCCGACACCCAACGCCGCGAAUCCCUCUCGCACCUAACCACCGCCAUCACCUCGCGGCCCGUGGACUCUCCCCUCCCACAACCAGUAAGCGUGAUUCUCCCCAACUUACUCCCCUUGGUCUUGGAUGCAAGCAACAGCGUGCGCACGCAGCUGCUCAAGCUCCUCCGCGCCUUGCCGGCGAGGGAUAUCGAGGACCAUGUCUCGCAGAUGAUGCCGUAUAUUCGUGCGGGGAUGACGCAUUUAGCAGUUGACGUCCGGGUGUCUGCUGUUGAGGUGUUAGCGUGGCUUGUCGAGGUUGCGGGAGGUGAGGUGGUAUCCUGCGCCGGGGGGUGGAUUAAGACGUUGAAUUGCUUCUUGUCUGUGCUCGGUUGGCACACGGAGGAGUCGGCAAAGUGGUCUGCGAACCGCGCGUCGUUUGGGAAGGCGGGGAGUCAGGGGAAGGCUAUGAUUAAGGUGUUAGGAGCGUUUGGGGGGUUUCUGGAUGCGGGGUUGUGUGAUGCUGACGAGGGUAUUGAUGUGCGAUCUAAUUCAUCCGAGGAUGAGGUUGGUGAGGCAUGGGGCUUUCCGCUGUGUCAGACGGAGCAGCAUAUGAUCCCCGGUGCGUCGGUGCCGUAUGCAUAUCUGAAUUUGUUCGGACAGCCGCGCGAUGAAGAAGGGGAAAUGUAUGAGACGCGGGAGGACCGGUACCGCGUGUUUGCGAAUCGGUUUAUGCCCGCUGUGCAGCGGGGACUGGAAAAUGCGCGGCAAGAAGGUGGUGAGGUUGGUCGCGCGUCGUCGGGUGCAAGCAAAGUGCUAAAAGAGGCUGUUGCCAGUGUUUGA